GGUACCUCCCAGCUUCCUAAUUACCAAAGUAAUCGCAGUUGCAUCGACACCACAUUGGAUUGGUGUCCGUGUUAAAUAUUAUUUAUUUCCUGCUACGAUAAUGGAAUCUAGCGAUGCAGGGAGGGGAGGAUGGAAAAAUAAGAAUGCACAGCCACAUAAACAGAAGAUGAACUUGAAUAUUCUCCACCAAGAGCAACUGAUCGCUGAGAAGAAAAAGGAAAUUGAGGCCAAAUUGGCACUGCAAGCCAAAAUGAAUGCACAAAUCCCAAACAAAUCUCUUCCUUCAAGCUCUCCUGCAAUGCUCGAUGCCACCUCCAACAAAUUCGCAAAUGAUGGAAGCUUUUUACAGCAGUUCAUGACGAUGCAGAAGCAAAAAUCCAACAGCACUUCUGGUUCCCCUAAUGAUGCCAAAAGUCUAUCAUCAUCAACAUCAUCCCCAAUAGGAAACACCCCACAAAGAAAAAGCAUUUUUGCCGGAAAGCGAUCUGCUGGGGUGGGCAGCAUGCUCAGUCAGUUUAAGAGUUAUUCCCAGUCGAAGAAGAGUCCAGUCAUCAGCCAGAGGCCAAGUGUGUUUUGCUCCCCUGAUGAUGAUGAUGAUGAGGAAGAGACUGAUCUCUCCCAGUUCUUAAACAUGAAAGUCUCUCCCCCAGUGGACUCAGACACCAGACUCAUUAUCGACAAGAUGGCCUCUUUUGUGGCAGAGGGGGGACCUGAGCUGGAGAAGAGGGCCAAGGAGGACUACAAGGAAAAUCCUGUUUUCUCAUUUUUAUAUGAUACAAGCAGUAUGGAGUAUCUCUACUACAAAAAGAGAGUUGCAGAACUCAAAAAGGAGAACGCAUCAGUUAAUGUCUCCCCCCCAGUGGACGCAGAAACCCAGCAAGUGGCCGAGGAGCUUGCCAAGUUUGUGGCUGAGGGUGGCCCUGAGGUGGAAAGCAUCGCUAUCGAGCGCAACCGGGACAACCCUACCUUCAGCUUUUUAUUUGAUUGCCAAAACCCAGCCUACCAUUACUACAAGCAAAAGCUACGAGAGUAUGGUGCUGCAGCCUCCCAGACCUUUUCACCUCCAGCAGCAGAGUCUCGGACAGAGCUGCAACGACUGGCUCCUCCUCCUCCACGAGCACAAAUUCCCCCUCCGUUGAACCUAGCAUCUCAACCCAGUCCUAGUCAGGUGGCUAACACCCCGCCAGUCAAACGGAAGAGGAAGAGUAGAUGGGGGGCUGAGGACGACAAAGUGGAGCUACCCGUUCCUACCAUUGUUGUCCCUCAAGAUGUUAGCGUUCCAGACCCCAAUAUGCCGUCUCUCUCUGCUCAAGAUCUGCAAGGUCUUGGUUAUAAGAAGGGGAAACCUUUGGGUCUCGUUGGUGUGACGGAACUAUCCGAAGAGCAGAAGAAACAGCUAAAAGAGCAACAAGAGAUGCAAGAGAUGUAUGACAUGAUCAUGAAGCACAAGCGAGCAAUGGCCGAGAUGCAGGUCAUGUGGGAAAAGGCCAUCAGAGACCACCAGCACGAGUACGACAGUGAUGAAGAGGUGGACCAGCAGGCAGGCACCUGGGAACAUCGUCUCCGAAAAAUGGAAAUGGAAAAGACACGGGAAUGGGCAGAGUCUUUGACAGACAUGGGCAAGGGGAAACACUUCAUCGGAGACUUCCUGCCACCUGAGGAGCUAGAGAAGUUUAUGGAGACUUUUAAGGCACUCAAGGAAGGGCGGGACCCAGAUUACUCGGAAUACAAAGAGUUUAAGUUGACUGUGGAGAAUCUUGGUUUCCGUAUGCUGAUGAAGAUGGGGUGGAAAGAAGGGGAGGGCCUUGGAAGUGAGGGACAGGGCAUCAAGGCUCCGGUCAACAAGGGAACUACAGCCAUGAAUGGUGCAGGACUUGGAGUCGACCGCCCGGCUGACCUGACAAAAAGUGAUGACGAGUAUGACGCUUUCAGGAAGAGGAUGAUGCUCGCAUACCGCUUUAGGCCCAACCCUCUGAAUAAUCCACGGAGGCCAUAUUACUGACACAAAGGAAAAUGUUUACUUUAUUGCACAGUAGCAAUAUUGACAAUUUAAGUGUGUGUGUGUGUGUGCGUGUGUGAGAGCAGAAGGUAAAGCCUGAAUACCUGCUAGAUUCACCUGUCAGUAUGGUUUUGGAAAUCUCAACUAUCUCAUUAACACAAUCACAAAAUUGCUUGUGUUGUUACAUUUGGAUAUAAAUACCACCUGAAAUAAUUAAAACCUGUUGUACAUUA